AUGUUCAAAACCCUAAAGCCGGAAAAUGCGUACACGAAGUAUCCUAUCCAUUGCCAGCGGGUUUUUGACGGCAUUAAAGGAUCACUGGCCAUCCACAUUGUCGAGGAGCUGGAGAUGGAUAUGUUGAAGGGAUGGCGCGUCAAAAGACUCGGAUUCGGCUAUGAUGACGAUGGCGGCUUGCUGCAGAAGUUUCUCAUGGAUUAUAUCGACGAAUGGAUGGCCUGCGAACGCGAAGUCGAGGCGCUCUGGAUCCGCCCGGAAUGGCAUCUUCCCCUAGAUGGUUCUUUGUAUUUGGGGACUGUGCCUUACGACCUACGCGCCGACUUUCAAAACACCAUCAAUAAGUACGCGCUGACAAUUGAUGCAGAAGGUAUCGUGCGAGGACAACUGACACGCAAAAAGGAUGGAAAGGUUCUGAAGAUGAGAGCUCGAGAAACGGACAUCAUUCUACAGGCUCCUGGGGCGAACAUGUGCUUCUUGCUUGACGAAGACAGCCAUUUGGUGGCCCCCGAAUUC